AUGGCUCAAGCUGUACUUGUCGUCGUUUGUGUGCUGUUUUCAUGGGAAACACAAGGGUCCAGUGCUGUUACAACUGUGUUUGUGCAGAAAGGGAAGAAUUUACAUCUGGAUGUUAACAAACCUGUUGUUCUAGGAGAAGACACUGGUUUUAGGUGGACAUACAAUAAUAGUCACAAUGUUGUGAGACUACUUCCUAAUAAAAGAAAAAAAAUAAGUGACAGUUAUGCAGGAAGGGUUGAGUUUUCUGUACAAAAUCACUCUUUGCUUUUGAAGAAUGUGCAACAUGGUGACAGUGGAGAUUACACUGCACUCAUAAUUGGGGACAACAUCCAACGUGUAACAGAAUACAAGGUCAUAAUUCAAGAUCCAGUGUCUCCAGUUCAGCUGUCAGUGAACGUGUCUAACAGCAGAGAGUCCUGUAACUUCACUGUGAGCUGCAGUACAGAGGACUCUCUCAUCAACAGCACUUUUAGAUGUGACACCCACAUCUGCAAUCAGGAAGGAGGAGAGCAGUCAGAGGUCACAACCUCUGGUUCUUCUCUCCGUGUCUACCUGUUCAAUGACUCCAUCAUCUGUAACCAUAGCAACCAGGUCAGCUGGACCAGAGACAUGAAGGAGAUUCAGCCUCUCUGCUCUCUAAAUGGUGGUACUAAUCUGGGCAUACCAAUUGGCAUUGGGAUCGGGGCUGCAGUUCUCGUUUGCCUUUUCCUUGUCUGCCUAAUCAUAUUAAACGUCAGAACAAGGAGGUGAAGUUACAUGCCAAGGCUUGCUGGAUUCUACGUCCCAAUCAGCCCUCAGAGUGGUCUUCAAACAUAUUGCUUAGAAACCUUUUGCUACUGAAACAGCUGCACAUAUCUCAUGUUCCAAUACAAAUGCCGAACACAAAUAAUUGUAUUCAGCAUUAAAUUUAGGUUUAUUUCUUUAAAAAAGUAAUUUUAAAAACAUGCUGUUGUCAAAGGCACAACCCACCAGAGCUUGAAUCCUUUAUGGACAGUAUUUGAUGUUAAAAUGUGGAAGAAUGAAUUGAACUUAUAUAAAGUGUAUUCACUAGAUGCCACUAAAUCCUACACAUUUAAAUAAAGCAAAGCAAAUCAUUAAAAUAAAAAAAGCUUUUUUUUUGUUUUUGCAAUAUAUAAAAUGAUUAAAAAGUGAUUUAUGUUUUUCCCCGAUUAUUAAAAAUCUGUCCUGUGUGGUAUUUUUGUUCUUUGUGUAAAUGUGGGUGUUGUCCAGACUUUUGAGUUUCAUUCAGUCAUACAUUUUAUUUGUAACGCA